AUGUCGAAAACGGCAUUGAUCACACCCCGAGGACCUGUUCUGUCGGCGACGUGCUUGGACACCGGCCCCGAGGACGUGGACUUCUGGUCGAGUUACCUCGUUCCCCGGUUCCAUGCCUAUCUCUCAGAAGCCGGCUCUUACACGCCCGAACAGCAGGAGGCCCAUCUCUCCUGUGUCCGCGCGGCAGCGGUGGCACUGGGUCCGAAACACCCUCACCCACACGUCAAGUCGGCCUUGACCAAGAACGGGUCUCCGAUUGAAUUGUCCUUCAAUCUUUCAGAGGAUCGACUACCGACAGCCCGCUUCUACAUUGAGCCCCUCGGCCCCGAGACGGGGACAGAAAAUGAUCCAUUUGGAGAGUCAUGGGCCGCUCGGGGCUUCUCAUGUCUGGCCGCUCAGAUGACAUCGAUGGAUACCAGCUGGUAUGAACACCUCGAUCAGGCCUUCCGCCUCAAAGGCCAGGAGGAAGUCGACACAGCCAAGUCCCAAAGCCGUCCGGGCAUGUGGCUUCCCAAGGUUUUUCUUGGUGUCGACUUCAAAGGUGCAGAUAGGAUGUUGAAGUGCGGCUUCUGCCCUCUCCUCAAGCUCUCGGCCAUAGGGGCCAAGUGGGACCGGCUCGCCGACCACAACAAAUUCGUCCUCGAUGCGGUGCGCGGACUGCCCGUUUGCGGAGCUAACAUGAGUGCGGCGUUGGAUAUGCUGGAGAAUUACCUCGUCCAAGACCGAGAGCACAGUGCAGGCGCUCAGGGUGAAGGCGUUGAUGAUGGUCACAAGGACGCGAGCAGAAUGUGCCAAGAAUGCGCCAAAGCGAACCGGCCGAAGCCCUUCUUCAAUCUGGUGAGCGUCGACUGCGCCGACCCGAGUAACGGCAAGGGGAGAGUGAAGCUCUACACGCGAACCAGCUGUAACGCCUUCGCCUGCAUCCGGGACGCUGUCACCCUGGGCGGCCGGCUGACGGACGAAGAUACUCUGGAGGGUCUACGGCGGCUACGGUCGGUCUGGCACCUCCUACUCAAUGACCCCGUCUCCCAGCACGACGACGAGUACUCCCGCCCCGUGGCUGUCGAGUCGCACCGCCAGGGCAUCGAUAUCAAUUGGGAGAUCUCGGACCAGCUACCAGCGCCGCAGGCCAAGGUCUACGUGCCAGUCUCCAUGUUUCACGAGAAUGACCUCGAAGCGAACCGCAACCUGUCCUACACGUUCAGGAAGCUCAACUGGCUCGAUUGGGCAGAGGGUCGCUACGAAAAGAUGCUACGCCAGGUGUUUCCAGAGGCAGACUUUGCAACGUCUCACAUCAACACCUGGAUCUCCUAUUGCUACUACAAGGGGCGCGGCUCAUAUAUGACCAUGUAUCACAGUCCGCCAUGGUGA